CAAUAACUGGCUCCUUCACGAUGCCCCUGCCACCCGCCAUCGGUUCGUCACAAUUUCGGCCAUUCUGAUUCGCUCCGCCAAGCAUCAGUCAUGCAAUUUGUACCCCUCGUGAUUCCUCUUGAAUGCCUCCCGAGAGCCGUCUCUCUGAACUCGAGUGUGCUGGGUUAGGCAAGAAAUUGUUGCUGGGCGACGCGCCCAUUUCGCCCAGUGCACCAAUCAGCAGUAUUCGUUCACCUUGCCCGAACAGGGGUUGGUGGAUUGGUCGUGCCCAAUCUUGCAGUAGCUUGAUGACUGACUCUGACAAUUGCGCCGGGGACAGGGAUUAGCUUUUGCAGAAGUACAUGCCCCCCAGAGCGGAUAGGCGCCCGGACGAGGCUGGCAUGAAAUGGACCAGAGUAUAUACAAGUCGGUCCUCAUCGCAACGGAGCGUCUUCGCUCGCGUCCCUCCGUUUCGUCAUCUCGUUUUUUUUCUUUCUUUCCGUCCUGUCCGGCCUCAUGCUCUGGUAGCUGUGGCUAGUUUCCUGUCUUUCUCUGUUCUUCUGCUAAUUGGCAUUCGAUUCCCGUGAUAUCCUCACACUAACGCAUCUCGACCCCGUUGAUCGGUGUCGAUGCCUUUUCUUACUACUAUUUUGAGAUACCCAUAGAACGUCGUGUUACUGGAAAAACACCAUACGCUCUCGAGUUUCAACUCUAUAUAACUGAAUACCACCAAACGUCUAGCAGCAGGAAGACACGAGGAGGAAGUCAUGACUGACACACUCCGAUUUCCACCUGUGCGAUGUCCGCCUCUCCGGCAGGCCCGAGGCACGGUGCUUAAUACCAUAAUGGAAGAUACUCGCGAGUCGCAGUUUUCUGAAAAGGGCGCCGGUAGCCCCUCACGACUCAAACCCCCCCUGGCCAGCCCCAAGUUGACGCUCAAGACCAGCGGCUUAUCAGUGCCGACUCAUGCCCGACUAGCCCGGUUGAUGUCGCCACUCUCAGCAGGGACAACCUCUUCAUGUUCGGACCACGAAUGGCAGCAACAGAUGAAAGGGUUCGACGAUCUGUACGAUGCCACGGAUGACGAUGACAUGGACGAUGACGAUUCCACCGAGAUUAGCGACUCGUGUUUCUCGGCGCCGGGGACGCAGCGUUCUAGCUUGGUGACACCAAUCACAAGGAAUUCGGUCACUUCGACUGGCAGUCGUGGCAGUCGCAAAAGUCGAGGUGGGCUAACCCUCGACAUUCCUUCGUCCACGCACUGGCCCUCCCUCACUGGCACCUGCAAGAGUUCGCCUGUCCCGCCGACACCUCCGUCCAAGAUCCCCGUCUCUCCUGCGGCGCUCUCCAUGCUCGGUCGAUCAGUCCCGGCGCCCUAUGCACCACCCUCACUGGAUGGGGAUAUUUCCUCCGAUCAGGAAUCUAAUAUCAGUGCGCUGGCCACUCCAGACACUCAUUCGCUUCCUGAUACAAACUGGGAUGCACAGGAUGUCCACGUCCGGCCCGAUCUCGAUGGGAGUGAUGCCGAGGAUCUGGGAAGUCACGAAGGCAAUACGGACCUCCAAGCAGUUUCUUUUGCCAUUGAGAGUCCACGGGGCGACUGGCACAAUGUUCUCGGGAGCUUUCCCUCACUUCCCACGGCUUUGCAGAACGCUUCGACGUCCUCAUUAGGCUAUGAGAGUGAGAUGCCCUAUGACGAGCCGCCCCGGGAAUCGACUCCUUCAGAUCAAGGGCUGUAUCUGCCGGAUGGCGCUUUGGCAAUGUUGCAGCAUAUUCCCUUGGAUCGCACGCCCGAAUCUUGGUCCGAGACCUCGGAGGACGACGAGAUGUGGCAACUCCAGCCUGCUCCACGAAGUCGCCCACGAAGCGCCGAUGGAGUUACUCCUGCAUCGGAAUUGUCCGGGUACAGCUUCAGUGAGCUGAGCAUUCCAUCGCCCGGUGGCUUCUUUGCUUCAUUGGCACCGCGCGCUCGUCAUACAUGGUCCAUUCCAACCGACAACCUCCCACCAACCACCGCCGUGGCCGAGGGCUUCUACGAUCUCCCUUUCUCUCGAGACCAAGGAGAGGUCGUCGAGCAGGUCAUUGAAUGGCCUGACCGGGUCCAAGAAGAUGAUCCCGACACUGCGAUUCGUGACGAGGAAGGUCCGCCUACUGCUAUUCGAGUUCCAUGCGACACGCCCACUCGACCCCUCACGCGACAGGAUACCCACAGCCCAAGUAGUGCAACCUUCGAGGCCGUUCAGGAGAUCACUCAACCCAGUAAUGUGUACGAGUAUGAUGAGUUAUAUGACAAUGAGCUGCAGGAACGUGCUGCCGCGAGUCUCGACCGGACAAGCGUCUGGCUCGCAGCCCAAUCAACCUACCUCUCCGUAUUGAAUGAGACCAAUCCCAUCAACGAGAUUGAUUCAAAAGCAAACUCCGAUGCCGGGGAAGAGUCACCAAAUAAAGAGGAAGAUGUCGAUGCAGCACCAAAGAAGGCCGUUCGAUUUGCCGAGGGUGUCCCGGAAUCUCCUAGUCCACGUCCACCAUUGUCCGCCAGCAAGGACUCCAUCUACUGGCGCGGCUUCCAAUCAAUCCGACAACGGUCCAGUUCAGCUGACGGCUUCCUUCACCGCAACUUGCGCUUCGAUGCGAUUCAGUCCUUCCGGCUCGGGUUGGUGGAUAUGCACCUCAAUAGUCUGAUGGGCAAAUACGAGCUCGUCCGUCCAGAGAGGCCCGCGUACAAGGGCCCCUUCUCCCAGGCGCCCCGCAACUCAAUCAUCACGUCCGUCUUAGCCCAGAAAGCGCAGUUCGCCAAGCUGGAGAAGGAGCAGCUCGUGCUUGCCCAGCUUUGUCAACCCAUGUGGGCCAUGGACGCACUCCGUUGUCUGAACGGUGGCAAGAUGCUGACGAGCCCGGUUGAGAAGCGAGCUACUCGAACACGCAAGACCCCUCAAAGCCAAGAUGGACAAAAGCCACGGGCAGUACGCAUCCUCGAUCUCGGCGGCCAUGCUUCUUGCGAGUGGGGCUGGCACGCUGCGCAAGAGUUCCCCCACACAAAGGUUUACUCGGUCGUCAAUCAGACGCAAACUGCCAAUAGCGCCAUCAAGGGCCCACCGAACCACCGCGUGGUUUCGGUUGACCGUCUUUGGGAGCUACCUUUCGGUAAUAACAAAUUUGAUGUUAUCACCACGCGCUCUUUACAUGCUCUAUUGAAGACCGAAUGUCCAAACGGGCUUGAUCGGGAUGAGUACGACUUGGUGCUGAAGGAGUGCCGCCGUUGUCUUAAGCCUGGCGGAUAUCUGGAGUUCAUGGUUCUGGAUGCAGAGAUCUCUCGCGCGGGUCCAUAUGCCUCGGCGUCUUCUGUCGAGUUUGCAUUCAAUCUUCGCACACGUGGAUACGAUCCCGUCGCCUCCAAGACCUUCCUCGCUCGUCUGCGCCAGAGUGGCUAUGUCAAUAUCAAACGUGCCUGGAUGUUCCUGCCCAUGGGUAUUGAGCCCGCUGAACCCCAACCACUCAGAGAGACGCCAGCUCCGCGGGUCCCGAGUGGGAUUGAAGAGUACGAGGCCGUGCAGGGGCCGAUUGGCAGCACGGGAGACAUUGCCAGCGUCACGGGGAUUUUGGGCGGCUGGAUGUGGGAGCAGUGGUUGGUCCGCUUGCGGACUGAGAUGGGUCACGAACGAAGCAAGUUGCUGGAUGGAGUUGGAGCAGUAUUUGAUGAAGGGAGGAAGAAUGGAGCAGGCUGGACCUGCUUGUCCGGAUGGGCGAUGAAGCCGAAACGCGUGAAACAGAUGGUUCAACACCGGAGAGCCGGGUCGACCUGAGUAUCAAGCGGUUCUUGAUGUUUGCAUGUUUAUAUUUUACCUAGUUGUGCCCGGGUGGCCAGCCCAUUUAAUGUAAUGCGAAAUGAGAGAUGCCAAUCGCCUUAGCCUGACAGGCAACUGUACCCACCGACCCAAGAUAUAUUUCGCACCUGGAUCAGUAACAUUACA